AUGCAUCUAUGUCAAACAAAAGCAACACUUAGACCAACCCAGCCAACAAAGUCGUGUGAAUCUCAGUAUAGCUGCCCCGCACCAUGUGAUGGUAUUUUGCAUAAUGCAGAUAACCUUACUAAUUCUGCGGAUAAUAGUUUUUUGAGUUCUUCUACAAAAGAUCCCUCCAGCAAUUCUAAUAUUGAUGACUCCAUGAAUGAGGUUCAAAGUCAUCUUUCCAUCCUAGGGUCAAAUAAUCAAAUCCGAUCACUUCCAAAGGAAGAGAAAGAGCAGUCUGAUGUCAUUAAGAAACUGGUUGAUUCUGGAAGUCAAAUGAGCGAUUUGACUUUACAAUGUAUGGAUAAUUAUUACGAUGAUGAAGAUGACGAUGCCUUGUUAGCAAGAGAGUUCAAUCAACAACCUGUAGGAUUUGGGGGUAGUCCAGGCGAUUGUGAAUCGGGAGAUUAUGAUAUUGGAACAUUUUCCCUUACUUCAGUUGAUGGUAGAGCCGUCAAGGAAGAGUCCAUUCCUCUUUUUGCACGUUACCGACCCUCUCCACCCCCUCCACUUUCCAGAGGACAAAUACUAUUUUCUCCUAACUUACGUAAUCAGUCGUUAGAAGUUUCAGAGCAACCGUCAAGGUUUAUCAGUUCGGAAUGUCUUCCACCACAGAUCAAAGGGUAUUCUCAACUUCAAAUGAGUGAUUUAGAAACUGUCGACGAUGAUAACCCAUCUAGUCGCAGAUGGUUCUCUGAGGAUGAAGCUGGUGACGUAAACCAAACUUUAUAUCAUCGUGUUAUGGAGGAACCUUCACCUUUUGUUGGUUUGUCUACAACGUUGUCUCCUAUUGCACUCACGUUGGACACGGGUGUUAUAACUUCUUCGUCGCUCUCUUUGUCUUCAGCUUUAUCCAGAGUAGCUGCAGAUGACCAAGUUUCACUUCGACUUACCACUUCAUCUAGUACAAGAAAUAGUGCUAGUACUAAUCCUGUUAAUAGUCCACCUUUACAAGCUUCAACAUCAUCUUCAUAUGGUCAACUUAGUCAGCCUAUUUGUGAUAGCCGACCACUUACCUCAGUUACUUAUAAUUCAGACCCAGUAAUUUCUUCUUGUUCCAAAAUAACUUUCUCUCAUAUCCCAGAUGACCCUUCUAUUAGCGCUCGUCAAAGAUUAAUGGGAGCGUCUGCUGCAGCAGCUAUAUUGGCUGCAUCAGCAUAUGCUGCGCAAAACUACCCUGCGAAAUUGAACAACUACAAAGACAUGGUCAAUUUAAAGGAGCAGGAUGUGAUUCAUUUACGUCAGUUACCACAACACUCAGCAUUAAUUAAUGACCUUUGUCUAAAUUCACCACUUUUACAAAUCCAAUCAAGCUCACACACUGCAAUGUCUUCUCUCAGACGCCGUGAUCCUUGGUCCAUUCCUUUAAGAAAAAUGUCUGUAAAUCUAAUACAAACAUACAAGCACAUAAACGAGGUGUACUAUCGUAAGAAGCGACGAAUUCGCGAACAACAGCGUCAAACAAAUGAAGCUUCUGCUACAGUUCCUGAAGUACCUUACCUUCAAAAAGUUCGCUCACCUGAAAAUGAUCUAUUGCUUGGUGAUCACCUGGAUUCAUUUUGGAGGAUGCCGGAUAGUAGUGAAGCGUGUAUCAAAACACAACCAAUGUAUGACCAUGGCACUUUGGGUGGUAUUACUAGGACCACAGAACACCAAUCAUUUCCUUCAUGUGUUUCAGUUCAACAUAGUUCUACAACUUCUAACAAUGCUAUGAACGUGCCCACAAAUUACAAUGUAGGUUCAGCUGUUCAGUCACAAACGUUUCCAUGCAACAAUUCUGUUGUGUCUUCCAAAAGCUCGCCUCACCCUCGACAUCGGGCCGUGCCGAAUGUACUUCGAGUGAAUUCAGAUCAAAUAGUACAACCUUAUCUAUAUGAUUCAACCACGUUAAAUGGAGUAACAAAUCGUUUUUCUACACUAGAUAUUUCUGAGUCUAUCUAUGACACCGGUAAUUCACAAGUAGACUCAAGAUUCAUGCCUGUUACCCUCAAUAAUGUUUGGUUACCAACAAGCAGUUCCGGUGCAACUGCAACACAUAUUUCUAGACCACUCCUACUAGAAAGUGGGAAGUCGGUAGUUCGUGACCAAAAAGACCCACGUGGUUCUACUAACCAGAGAGAUACUGAGCCACAUUCCACACAUUUGCAACACAUAUUCCCAUAUCAAUCUUUUCUGCCGUCAAAGACAGACUUUCCCACUUAUAUGGAGCAAAAUCCAUUGUCUCUAGACAACAACAUUCGUUCAAAAAACUCAUCUCAAAUCCCUCUGUGUCUUUUGUCAACAACAGAAGCUAGGAAUACCAGUAUCACCACCACCGAAGGAUUUUAUCAGAAUCAAUUCAAUUUAGAUAUUACGAAACCAAUCAAUCCACAUCAUUCAAUUUCUUUCCCGGUUGGAAAUUUCAGUUCCUCGAAUUGUACACAUAACAAUAGUUUCAGAUCAUCAGCAUGUUAUUAUAAUUUAACACCGCUUGAUUCAAUAUCCCCGACUAAUAGUCGAAUAUCUGGGAUGUUUUUAAAUACGCAUCAACAUACUGCAAAUACGUGUCCUAUUAGCCAUAGUCAAAAUAAUUUGGUGUCAACUUCUGUAACUUCACCGUCUUAUAUGUCUGGUUUUCGUCAACGUUUCGACCUCACGUCACAAAGUCAAGAUGCUUUAGCAAAUACAAGAACAUCACCACAUGAUAACAUCCUUGGGGUUACUAGCAUUAGUCCUACCAGCCCGCUUUUGCCAUCCAUUUUUUCCGGUCACGUGUCUAAUCCAGCUUUAGUUACAUCUUUAAGCACAUGCGUUGCACGACCUCAUGAAGGCAAUGUAAAUCAGCUGUAUCCACUUGGUUUGUCUACUAAUGAAGUGUUGCACUCUUCCUAUGCACAAAAUGCUCUGUCAAAAUCCACAAAUGUUACAUAUGUAAAUCAACCUCUGUUUUUCAACUCAGCACUGUCAAAUCAGUUUGUUCACCGUUCUGGUAUAAAUCAAAUAGGAACCAAGGUGGCGAUCACAAACUCAGACAUCCCUGGGACAUCAGCAACAGUCUUAUCAGCAGCUAGUGCAGCAGUGCAACAAUCAUCUGUGAUAUCUGGUUCAAGCAAAAUUAAUAUAGUAAAUAGUUCUACUAGUACUACUACUACUACUACCACUCAUCAUGUAGAUCGUCGUCAUACAGAUAGCAAUUAUGAUUACAUUGUUAGGCCCGGUGAGGUAUGGAUGGGACAAUACUUAAUUAACAAUCUUAUUGGGAAAGGAUCGUUUGGUCAGGUAAUGAAAGCACAUGAUUGUAUUUCAAAUGAAGAUGUGGCUAUUAAAAUUAUCAAAAAUAAACGUGCAUUCACUAAUCAAGCUCAAGUGGAAAUUCGUUUGCUACGUGAAAUGAAUCAUUUUGUUGAAGAAGCUGCUGAAACUGGGAAAGAACCACCACCUGGAUCUAAUUUGAUUGUUCGUUUACUUACUCAUUUCACAUUCAGAGGUCAUUUGUGUCUAGUAUUCGAGUUACUUUCAUACAAUUUGUAUGAUCUUUUAAGAAAUACAAAUUUUCAUGGUGUUUCAUUGGGUUUAACAAGAAAAUUCGCUCAACAAUUAUGCUGUGCAUUAGAUUUUUUAUCUAGACCUGAAUUACAAAUCAUACAUUGUGAUUUAAAACCGGAAAACAUUCUACUUGUCAAUCCUAAACGCUCAACCAUAAAAUUAGUGGAUUUCGGAAGCUCUUGUCAUAUGAAUGAGAAGAUUUAUCAAUAUAUCCAAUCACGCUAUUAUCGUUCGCCAGAUGUUCUACUAGGAUUAGAUUAUACAAUGAGUAUUGAUAUGUGGUCUCUGGGAUGUAUUCUAGUUGAAUUACAUACUGGGGAACCCUUAUUCGCUGGACAAAAUGAGGUUGGACAAAUGAUGAAAAUUAUUGAAGUUUUAGGUAUGCCACCCCGGUUACUACUAGAAAAAAGUCGUCGCUGGCAUGUAUUUUUUGAACGAACAGUUGAUCGCACUUAUGUACCUAAAGCUGCUUGCCAGCAACCAGGUAGUCGUCGUCUUUCUGAAAUUUUGGGUGUCAAUACUGGAGGACCACGUGGGCGACGUUUACAUGAAUCUGGUCACACCCCAAUGGACUACAGCAUCUUCUUGGAGUUUGUACUGCGAAUGCUUACUUUCGAUCCAGCUCGACGCAUUAGUCCUGCUGCAGCAUUAGGUCACCGGUUUUUUCGACGUCCAAAUUCAAAUCCAGUGCCUUCUGGUGCCAACGUACUACAAUCGGGUCAGUGUGAUUCUGUUUCAAACGCUCCAGUUUUAGUUUGUCCCCCUCCUAACCAUUGGGCCAAUUUUGUCGAUAAUCCAACAUCUAAUCUAGUGCAUAAUCAUUUGAAUAACUUACGAGUUUCUGGACACUCUGGUGUUAGUUUGGUCAAUCGAACAACUGAACAUUUAGAACUCAUGCGGAUUCAACAACAACCCAUGCGAAGUGCAGUCACUGGUUCUGUUAUGGUUUCGCAGCCUCGCUCCAUCCCAAUUAUAUCUAAUGAUGGUGUGAUAACACAAAUUGCUGAACCGCUCUCACCUCUUUUAUAUGGAUAUCACGGACCAUUUCAUGUUCAUUCUAAUCCAGGUCCUCUACCUCUUCAAAUUUCUCGUGUCAACCCAACGCACCUUAUGCAAGGCGUUCAUUGCUUACCCUCGGUAAACCAAACACAUACUAUGCCAGCCACAGCAAUUUCAACUACUUUUACCGAUUCAACUCACUUUCAUCAUCCAUAUUAUAUCGAAUCUGGAAUGUAUGCUUAUCCUCAACAACCUAUCCAAUUAACAUGGAUCAGUGGUUUAGGUGAACAUCAUUCAACUAGUUCUACCGCAUGUCUUACAUCGCCUGAUAUAAUGAAUGUAGCUUCUGCUUCUCCCGGAGUUUGGCGUUAA